AUGGGCUUCUCACUAUCUAUACCGCGAUGGGCCUCCGUCCUUCUCAUGCUGUGCUUGGGUCUUGCACAGGCUCACACUGUCAUCACAUACCCCGGCUACCGAGGAAACAACCUCCACACCAACGGCACAGUCGCGCAAGCCAACGGUCUCGGUGUCGCAUAUGAUGUGAAGAACGGCUCAUAUAUCUUCCCAUAUGGAAUGGAGUGGAUCUAUCCCUGUGGUGGAAUGCCCAGGUCGACCAACCGAACCAAAUGGCCCGUCAGCGGUGGUGCUCUCGCCUUCCAGCCGGGCUGGUUCCCAGGUCAUGCCACUGCCUUGAUCUACGUCAACCUGGGAUUCGGCGAGAUUCCGGAAAACAUGAGCCACCCUGUCGUCUCCCCCUUCCAGAUCGUCGGUCCUACCAACAACCCUUACCCGGGUACUGUCUGUCUGCCGCAGGUGCCCCUGCCGGCCAACAUUAGUGUCAGCCCUGGUGAUUACGCUACUAUCCAAGUAGUCGAGACGGCCAAACAUGGCGCUGCCUUGUACAACUGCGUGGACAUUGAAUUCGCAGAAGACGGCGAUGCGUCCAUCGAGACUGUGACUCGUGAUAACUGCUUCAACUCGUCUGACAUAUCCUUCGAAUACAUGUACACGACAUCGGCCAUUGGGUCUGGUGCAGCCAUGCUACAUCCAACGCUAUCAGCUGCUGCCUUCUUCCCGCUCUUGGUGGCGGGUACAUUGGGCUUGUACAUGUAG